GUCACCUCUCGAUCGACUCCACCUUGGUGAAAGCCAGCCGCUCGUUUGAACAUCAGCUUCAGCGAGUCAUCAUGGUGUUUUGCACGUACUGUGGGCAGUCUUUUACAAGAGACGAGCAUCUAGAAAGGCAUAUCCUUACGCAUACUAAUGUCAAGCCCUUCAAAUGCUUCACCUGCCAUAUGUCCUUUGCGAGACGUGAUCUCCUGCAGCGACACUAUCUUGUUCAUGGACGAAAUGAGAACCAAGAGCCCAUCCCGGCCGCCAAUGGCAUGAUCCCGAAAUCAGCAGGUCGAACACCAAUUGCGUGCAGCAAUUGCGCGAAGACGAAGACCAAGUGCGACAAGAAGUUUCCAUGCUCACGUUGUGCGGGAAGAAAUCUGCGAUGCACUUUGCGACCGACUCGUCGAUCCUCGAAGAAUGCUGCUCGCAUGGGAGUACCGCCUGAGGGCGCAGUCGCUAUCCCGCCGUACACGGAACAGCUGGGUCCGCAAAAUGGUGGCCAUGCAGCCAACCACAGCCCAUCUCAACAGCCUCCUCCACUGAAACCUGCGAGCCCAAAGACCGGAAUGUCAACGAUCGCGGAAGAGAAGCAGACACCUCCAACAGCGGCACCAAUGGUUGAUGGGCCGCCAGCUUCCAUGAUCGAGCAGCCAACAAGUGGCCCUACGCCGGUCGCUCUCCCUGUGCUGUCUCCGCCUAUGCAGACUCCUGGUGGUAUGGCACCACCGCAACUGUCACGAUUCGAGUCUGGCGACGGCUCUGACGAUGGCUCGAGCCCUCGAUUCAUGCUCGAUUGGAGCCAGAUGCAGAUGCCCAUCGGAUACGAUGGCAUUAUCCAGCCAACCCUGCUAAUGCAGCCCGACAUGCCGUUUGCAGAUUCUAAUGUCAUGACCUUUGUUCCUUCGGGAGACGCGAUGUUGCCAGUCAUGUCAGACCUACAUCACGGUGUCCCGCCUAUGAUCACCCCAAUCGAAACACCCAAGGUCGAGCGUCAGUUCUCGGAAAUGGAACUUAGUGGACCCGCAGCGGCGUUCCAUUCUCAACGCAGACAUAUGUCGAUGGCUUCGGUACCGCCGCUCGUGGAGUCGCAAGGAGACAUCGCACCCAUCAUGGCAGCGCGGGAUGCCUGGACCGUCUUCCGGUGCACGCCAACAAUUCCGUCGACUUCUUGUCCCAAGACUGCUCGCUUGAACCUGGAGAUGCUGGAGCAGACACUGCGCAACCAUGACGGCUGGAGUACUUGGAGCCCGCAGUGGGAUGAAGCCGAUUUCGCAGCCGGCGAGUUGUUGACCGUGAUGCAACUCCACGAGAGCACGCGCGACAAGCUCCUCGCUAUCACGCAAAGCUUCCUGCAUAAAGCUCUUGAGAUCCAUCGUGAAGUUAACCCUCAUCAAUCACCACCGAGCGGUCUGCGUUCGCCAGCGUCGCACAGUGGAUCGAACUUCGUUCUGCUCCCGCCUGCGCGUGUGCUGGAGUACUUUCUGCGCUCGUAUGCGAACUGCUUCGAGAGAUAUUACCCACUCACGUCGCGCGGAAUCCUUGACACGAAUGAGCUCUUGCACUGCUACAACGACCGAGCGGCGAGUCUAUUAGUGUUGAUGAUGAUAGCGCAAGGCGCAAUGAAUAUCCCAUCGAAAGAGUCCAAGCUACUAACGGGCGGCUUGACAGAAGCAUGUCGCAUAUCGCUCUUCGAUCUUAUUGAGCGCAACGUCAUCAUGUCCGGCGAUCCAGUCGUGCUGCACUCGGCCUUGCUGUUUACAGUUCAAGCUGCAUGGAGCGGCGACAAAUGGCAAAUGGACAUUGCCAUGGGCCAGCGAGGCAUGUAUUUCGCCAUGUUGAGACACUCUGGUGCACUGGAGAACCGCCCAAUCGGACCCCUUCCGCCAGAACAACGAUCUAACACCGACCAGUUGUGGAGCGAAUGGAUACAGAACGAAAGCCGAAGCCGGUUGAUCCACUCAUGGAUUAUGGUAGACCAGGACAUGUCGCUCUUCCAUGAUACCGCGCCUUUGUUCUCAGUCACCGAGUUCGCGAGCCCGAUGCCUGACGCUGACCGCCUGUGGCAUGCUAAAAGUGCUGCUGAAUGGUCUUCGAUCUUCGAGCAAGUGCAUGAGUUCUCUGGUGGUUACUCCUCGGUUGGCUCAGGCGCUCGGCCGCUAUCACUGCGUGACCUCUUCCGGCACUUCUUAGAUGAUGAGAUGAUUCCACUCGGCAUUGAGAUGACACCUUUGCAACUCAGGCUACUCCUGCACCCUCUGCAGUCCCUCGUUUGUCAGUGCGGUCAGCUACUCAGCUGCUUCUCUGAUCCGGCAAGCCGAAACAGCAACAACAAGAGCCCUCGCGCGAUGACAGCUGCAUCGACCCGUACUCGGCUUGAGGAAGUACAAACGCUGCUGCAACGGUGGUAUGAUCUCGCAGAGCGGUAUCUCAAGGCCAACCCAAUGUGCCCAAUCAUGCAAACCAACCUGGUGGUCUUCCAUCUUAUUAGCCUGAAUGCCGUUACCAACUUCCCGGAGAUUGAGCGUCUUGCUCGCCGAGAGAACGUUGACGGUACUUACCAGCAGCUUGUCUGGGCCCACAAACGAUGCAUUUCCGACGUGGAGGAGGCCGUCUUCCACUGCGGUCAGGUGUUUAGGCUCGUCCGCUCGAUGCCUCGCGGUAUCCGACCGCCAUGGUGGGCCGGCGCGAUCUAUCGUGCCGGUCUCAUUCUGUGGACCGACAGUCUUCUGCAUCGCGAGUCAAUCACGCCCAACAGUAACGGCAUGUUCCCCGUACCUGGCCCAUCAUUCGCCAUCGACGCACUCCCUGCGGAUCACCCACUCAUCGUGCGAUACCUCACGAAGCGUGAAGGUGUGCCGUGCGUUACCAAGCGAGACGGCUCUCAGAUGGCGAUCGAUCAGGCCUUUCCAAUCCUGCAACAUUGCCUCGAAGUCAUCGAUGAAGGCGUGGUGACACGCUUCUCCGACGGCAUUAGGUCGAAGCUUGAGCGCCUUGCUAGGGGAUGAUCGGUGAAAUCUCCUUCUCCAGAGCAGAGUGUACAGUCUUCACGAAGAAGUCUCUCGCGCUCACGAUCGCAGCCCCCGCACAUCUGACCAAUGACGCUGCUGGUGUAGCAGCCUUCGAUCUGCUCAAACCGAACAAGCUGCGGCCAUCUUCGCUAAUACGACCGGCAUGCCUGGGUGUACCUUCUCUCUUACAUGUCUAUGUCUUGCGUACAUUGGGGUGAUUUCUUAUCUUCUUUGAUACCACGGUUUUUGGGAGGAUUUUGAUCAAAGAGCGAGGAGUUUCGCGGUCUCGGUGGGGUACAGCUCCGGCUGAUAGAGGGUUGCUGCUCAAAGCUCGCAGCUCUUGCAGCUUGGAUAUGAAUUGGACGUCAUCUGGACAGUGUUAUGCGUUUUGAACGGCCGACGACCGACGACAGCGCGUUUGGUAAUGUCUGAAGUAAUGCAGCGAUGCUGCGACAGAGCAAAUGUAUAUGGAUCUACCUUGUAGUGGGAACAGAC